AUGAUUGCUUUGGUUAAGGAAACCUAUGUACCUGAGGACUAUGGAGUGCAGCUUCAUAGAAGAAAACAAAAUCUUAAACAAAAAGACAUGGAUGUAAGCACAUAUACUAAAGAAUUCUUGAAGUCAUGCAUAAAGGCCAAGACCGUAGGGACUGACGAAGAGAAGUUGGAAAGGUACAUCAAUGGCCUGAAAUUCUCAAUACAAGAUGAGUUAAAUCUUCACACCCCUGGAACUGUACACAAAUGCUAUCAAAUGGCAUUGAAGCUAGAAAAAAAAUUUAGGAAGAAACAAGAUCAGAACAGUAGGGGCCAAGAUAGAUUCAAAAAAGGAAGAGGUUCCUUUAGAGGAAGAGGAAACAAUGGUGGUCCACAAGGAGACACAAAUCAAGAUGACAGCAAAGGUGAAGGCAGCAGUAGAGGAAAUUUCAGAGGUAGAAGACCAAACUUCAAAGGUAGAUCACAAGGGAGAGGCCCCAUAAGAUGUUACAUUUGCAACCAAGAAGGUCACAUUGCAAGUAGGUGUCCUGAGAAGGAAAACCACAACACCAUGGGAGAAAGGAGGAGCAAUCUAAUCCAAGAAUCUAAUUGCCAAAGUGUGAACAGCAGCAACACUUUUCAAAGUGCAAAUGCACCUGAUUCUUAUGGAUAUCUGGAAAGAGGUGAAGCCUUGAUGAUGGGGAGAGCACUCCUAAAGGAUCCUAUCACAAAACAACCCCCACAAACGAAGGCAAUAUUUAGGACCACUUGCAAAUCAGGAGGUAAAGUCUGCAAGGUUAUAAUAGACUCAGGUUCAACUGAAAACUUUGUGUCCAUGGAGAUGGGGAAGAAGCUUAAGCUUAAGAGGAUACCACAUCCUUAUCCAUACAAGGUGUCAUGGCUCACUCAAGGGCAGCAAGCUCUUUUAGAAGAACAAUCUUGGGUUGAAUUUCAGAUUGGCACCUACAAGGACAAACUUCUUUUUGAUAUAGCUAAGAUGGAUGCUUGUCAUUUAUUGUUUGGUAGGCCUUGGCAAUAUGACUUGAAGGCACAUCAUGAUGGUUUUAGGAACACCUAUUCUAUCACCAAGGAUGGGAAGGUCAUAGAAUUUUUACCUUUGAUGGAGAAUGAGGAAGAACCUAAAGAGAAAGAGGCUAAGGUGAUGCUGAUGGAAAGUAAGGAGUUCAUGAAGGGGGUAAAAGAGGAAGGAGGAGUAUGUUUUGCAUUGAUACCUAUUCCUAAGAAGGAGGUUGCAGAUGUAGGAGUAGCAGAUCAACAAGGAAGACCUAGGAUGGUUCCUUAUGAAGUGCAAGAGCUUCUUGACAAGUAUAAGGGUGUGAUUUUAGAGGGUAUGCCUAAGACCCUCCCUCCUAUUAGAGAAAUUAGUCAUUGCAUUGACUUUAUACCAGGAGCAACAUUGCCCAACAAGGCUGCAUACAAACUAACCCCUCAACAAAAUGAAGAGAUGGCCAGGCAGAUUGUGUAUUUACUUGAUGCAGGUUUGAUUGGAAAAAGUCUCAAACCCUUGUGCUGUACCAGUAGUACUUGCACCCAAAAAGGAAGGAUAAGGCCAGGAGAUGAAUGGAAAACAAUAUUCAAGACUAAUGAGGGUUUAUAUGAAUGGAAAGUGAUGCCAUUUGGCUUUCCCAUUGCUCCUGGCACUUUUAUGGGGCUAAUGAAUGAAGUGUUGAGUGAUUUUAUCAGCAAGUUUGUGAUUGUCUACCUAGAUGAUAUUCUAAUUUUUAGCAGCACCAAGGAAGAGCACAUGCAGCACCUAGAAUUGGUUUUUGAGGAGGUUACAUAA